AUGUCUGCCAAUAUUGGAAGUCCCAUUAAAAUGAUCCGUGCUGCUAUUGCGGACGGAGAACAAGAUAAGGAUCUCGAAGAGUACUACGAUAUUGAUCUAGAGAAUGAGGACGCUCAUGGAGAAUUUCUUGUAACCAUGUCGACGGAAGAAAGAGUUGGCAAGAAGCAGGCAAGUUCUAUUGUUGUUACACGUCCAAAGACUUCAACUGGUGAAGUGAAACAUUUGAAAGCAACCUAUACCAAGGACACAAUUAUUAUUGAAAAUCCCUCCAAAGAUGCCGGCUUUUUGAAUGGUGCAUCAGGACCCGAUGGAUGGUUGGCUAAACUUGAACUGAUUGAAGGACGAUUUGAAGCUGUGAAGCUAGGCAAUGAUGUGCCACCAAAGCCUCUGCCACCACCAAAAAUAGACUACUUUAAACAACUGCUAGAGAGUGGUGAAGCAGCCUUGCACAUGGCAAGACUCAACACGGCUAGACACCAUCUUGAGCUAGAGUUCCAGAGCCGCAUGGAGACUGGAGAAAAAACCGAUGGUAUCGAAGAGAUGCUUGCCGACUUGGAACGCUUCGUGCAGGACAACGCGGAUGAACUCGAUAAGAUCCUUGCAAGAGAUGGAGAGCCAACCGGUGGUGAUAAUGAUAUGGACGUCGAGAAACCAAACAACAAGCGUGGUCUCGAAAACAAAGAGGAUAAAGACGGAACCGAAAACAUGGAUGGCCUCGAGGACUUCUAG